AGAAGAAAGGAGGCGAAGCGAAGUUUCAAAUCUCACCUUUUUCCUCUGCGUUCCUUUCUCCCCUCACGUCACAAAAAACCCGACGCGGACACCGAAAAAGACAUCCCAUCCCACAUCGAUUCCCUCCCUAGCCGUCGAAUCUCCCCCCGUACUCGAUUCCCGAUUCCGACCACCUCAACCCGCUCUCCGUUUCCGGCGACCCGACCCGUUUCCGGCAAGCCCGGGGCUCCCUUCCCCGGCGGCGAAGACCCAUUCCCGUUCCCCGGCUCCGUUCCGGCCGCCGCCGUCGCUCCCGCGAUCCGCGCCGCGCCGGUCGCCGGGCUCGCUCGAUUCGGGUCCCGAAUCUCGGGAAUUCCGCGUCGCUCCGUCGGAUUGAGAUCGCGUGCCCGCGCGGUUCGUUCGGGCUUGCUCGUUUCUAGGUUUUGGAUCCAAUGUCGGUUCGCAAAGCAGGGUACUCGUUUUCCGUCGAGCGCGGCGGUUGAUUUCCGAGCGCCCUUUCGCGUCGGUGCGGCGGUGCAAAUGGCGGGCGAGGACGAUGGCGAUUCGCCUGCCGUCAUCGCGCGCGAGUAGCUAAUAAGCGUCGAGAGAAUAAAGCCUGGAGAUGAGCCGGUCGCCUUCGUUUUCCGUGAAGUCGGAAGCCAGCCCGAAGCUCGAUCCGGAGUCGCUGCGGCGAUGGGUGGUCGCCUUCUGCGUCAUCCGGUUCGAUCUCGAGCGAGGCCAGCUCAUCGAGGAGUGUUACCCGCCCGGCUGCCUCGCGCAGGACGAGGAGCUCGAGAUCGCCUAUAAGUCGUUCCCGGAUUCCGUUUCGCAGCACCAGAACCGCUCCAGCAUCCACGAUUGCAUGUUCUUCUUCCGGUUCAGGAGGCAGAGGAAGUGUAAAUCGAGCAAUGUGUCGUCGUCGGAGAUAAUGGAAGCGGACGGCAGGGAGUCGUCCGCGCGGUCCAGGAAGGGAGGAGUACCCGAGGUGCCGAACGGUGACGGUGCGAAUUAUAGCUACAUGUAUGGUUAUGUGUUUAAUAGGCAGAGACAUGAUGAGAGGCUAAAGAGAGGUGGAGAACAGAAAUCUGUUGUGAUUUUGUCACAGAAUCCCUUUUCUAGUGUAUUUAGACCUCUGUUGCAAAUCAUGGGUCCUCUGUAUUUCGAUGUCGGAAAGACUGCUCUGGAGCAUAUUGCUGCUUUUGUUUCUCUCUGGCCUUCUCCAGCACCAGGAAGGCUCAUGGAGCUCCCGAUAGGAAAUGCUGCUCUAAAAGUUAACUUACCGCCUGCUCAUUGUUUACCUUUGGAAGGGGUGGCAUUCGAAGAGUCUGCGUCUUCGAUGGCUCCUCUCCUGCCGACGAACCAGUCUGUGCCGCAGGGUCUUUUUCAUGAUUCAGAUGUUUUUGGGGUAUUUAGGGGAAUCCUUCUGCAGCUUUGGGUACUGUGGGAGUUGCUACUGAUUGGGGAACCCAUUCUUAUAAUAGCACCAACUCCUCCUCAGUGUUGUGAGGCUGUUGCUGGUCUUGUUAGUCUAGUUGCGCCGCUCCUCUGUAGUGUUGAUUUCAGGCCUUAUUUUACCAUCCACGACCCGGAGUUUGCCCAUUUGAACAGUGUGCAGGAAGGUGACACUUUUCCUCCGAUGGUAUUGGGCGUGACAAAUCUUUUUUUCCUGAAAGCUCUGCGGAACAUUCCGCAUAUUGUGUCGGUGGGAAGUCCAGCUCCUAAUUCAAAUCGUCUUCCCUUUGCGAGUAGGUCUACUGGCAGAGUUCCUGGGAGACCAGAUGGAUUUGGUCUACAGCAACUUUCUCUGAAGAAGUUUUCUCCUUCCAGUUUGUUAAAUGCUGUAAAAUUGAGAAGAGAGGGUCCUCUUUGUCUGAUGACUGAGCACAAGGAAGCUGUCUGGAGUACUUACUCUGCAAUAACCAAGCCUGACACUUCUAUUUUGAAUAGAUUAAUUGAUGCGGGGUUGUCACCCCGGGUUGAGGAGUCAAUGUCAGUUGUUAACAAUGAGAUAUUGCGCAGGCAUUUCUUGGAGCUUACUACCAAUUUUUUAGCUCCUUUUGGCCCAUACUUUAAAGCUACCACACCAUCGGAAGGAACUUCCCCCUUUGUUGAUCCUCCUCCUCUUCCCCCAUUCAGCACUGAUGAGUUUCUAGGAAAUUUAUCAGCCCGGGGACCAGGGAAGUUCUUAAUGAAGAGGAUGAAAUCUAAUUGGCUCGAUCUGUACAGGCGCUUUUUGAGAGGACCCAACUUUUUGCCAUGGUUUCAGCGAAGGCGUGCUGUGGCCGAGCAAGAACAGCAGAGACUGUGGAGGCAGGCAAGAAUGAAGACUGACAUACAACAUUUCAUCUCUAAAAUGACUGAAAUUGAAAUAGUUGAUUCUUUUAAUGCUAUCGAAAAGCAUCUUUGCAGUGAAAUUCAGGAGGGAAGUGCAGACACCGAAGCAACUUGUGAGAAACUGAAGGGAGAUUUGCAGGCACUCUUCAAUGUGCUCCCCAAGGAUAUGCAGGAACUUCUACUUAUGAAUCCACAAACCGCACGUCUUCUCGUAUCUUUAGGUUGAUUAAAGUGAUAGAUCUGCCUGCUCACCUGUUUGUACGGGUCAAAGUUAUUCGGUGUCAUAGGAAGCUUCUGACAAUGCCAAGGACAGACGAUUCCACUGUUAUCUUGUACCUGUUCUGUCAAUGAAUUUGGGAUGGCUUAAUAAGUCUGUAUUGAGCACAGCGGAGUUGCAGAACAGCUUUGCUCUAUCAACCCUUCACGAAAGCUUCUUGGCAUCUUUGAACGCCCUUUGGACAGAACCGAAAGGACGAAGGAAAAUUAAGAACUUCUCGGAUGGAAAAUCCUUCAAGAUGGUUGGUCAUGUCAAUUGGACUCUGGAAUGGAGUCCACAUAUUGGAUCAAUUUGGAAUUUCUCUUUUUGGUUCUAAUUAUCAUUUGCCUCUCUUCUUGGGCCAAACUACUGUCUCCGCAUUGUGUUCCUUCUGCUCUAAAGAUUGGUUCUCUGAGAAAUCAUCGAAGAUGGUGUAUCAGCGAAAGGUCUCCACAUGGCAGAUGGAAGCCCCUGCUUGUGCAUGUAGAGCCGGUGUAGAUCACUAACAUGCUGUGGAGCCAUAGACAUGUGGACACUAAAAAGAGAGAAGUUAAUGGGCAUGUUUUGAUUAUGAGCU